UUACGUGGACCAAAUCCCCAGGGACAGAAAGGAGUUCCUGAGGACAGUGGUGUACAGAAUAAAGAGAACAAAGGAGUCAAGACUACCCCAGUGAGCUGGAGCAGUGAAGAAGAUUCUCCUGCCAAUAACAUUGAAAAGAAAGAGGAAGGAGCGAGAGCCAUGAUGAAAUUUGUGGUACUUGUCACCCUCGGGCUAACUCUGCUGUUAGGAACACAAGCCAUGCCUUCAAGUCGCCUCUCCUGCUACAGAAAGUUGCUAAAAGACCGUAACUGCCACAACCUUCCGGAGGGCGGAGCCGACCUGAAGCUGAUUGAUGCAAAUGUCCAGCAUCAUUUCUGGGAAGGGAAGGGAUGUGAGAUGAUCUGCUACUGCAAUUUCAGUGAACUGCUCUGCUGCCCAAAAGAUGUCUUCUUUGGACCAAAGAUCUCCUUUGUGAUCCCCUGCAACACUCGCUAAGGAUCUGUAUGCAUUCUGGAGAACACGGUCCUGAAGUCCUUCACAGUCCCUAAUUUCCCACAAACGCUAUCAGCAUAGCAACCUUUCUGAUUUCCGUCCGGUGUACCCAAUCCAGCAUAGAUUCUAUAAAGUCUUACUUGCUAGAGUGAACUUGGGCUAACGUGGUAAUAAAAGUUGUUUCCCUUUGGCUUGUC